GAUCUGGACCAGAAGAUGAAUGUUCCGGUGUCGUCUAUUAUAGGGCGGUGCCUCGAAAGCCUCAGCCUGUGGACCCUCAACUGUAAUACUAGCAUUCUUGACUGCAUGGAAGUGUUCAGCAAAGGAAUACACCGGGCUUUAGUUCCAGCCGAUAGCCAUAUGGAAAAUAUCGCAGGAGUUGAGCUAGUGGAAUCGGCCUCAAGCUACCGAAUGCUCACGCAAAUGGAUGUUAUCAAGUUCUUGAAAGGAUAUGAGAAUGAGCUUAAAGGUAUUUUGUCUCGAAAGGUUAAAGAAAUUGGAGCAGUGAGUGAUAUAGUUUUCGGGGUUACCGAUAAAACCAAAGUAAUCGAUGCUAUCAAGUGCAUGAACACUGCUUCACUUAAUGCCGUGCCAAUCGUUCAAUCUUCAAAUGAUGCCGGAGAAGAUCAUAGUCAGCUUAUAAAUGGAAAGAAUGGAAAGCUUGUGGGAACUUUCUCUGCGACAGAUCUUCGUGGAUUCCCUCUAUCUCAACUCAAGUCUUGCAUGCAUUUAAGCGUGGUCGAAUUUAUUGAAAAAUGUUCAGUGACUCCACUGCAUGAAGUUUCUGGCUUGAGAACCUCAACUAAGGAUCUCAUAACAUGCUACCCAGAGUCGACACUAAGGGAAAUGGUCGACAAGGCUAUCAAUAACCAUGUGCAUCGCGUAUGGGUGGUCGACGAACAAGGUUUGCUUGGGCUUGUUUCCCUUACCGAUAUGACCAGGGUCAUCAGGAGUUGGAUGCUUUCUGAGCCCGCUUAGUCGAUCAAUAUUGUGCUUAUGAAUCGAUGUUCAGCUGCUUGUACUCCACGAGGCCAAGUAUGUAUAUAGUUAUACUUUCUUCUUGUUGCACCGUGGGAGGAACAUCAGUUUGCAUGCCGUUCCAAGUUUUUGUAUAAUGUUGAAAGACUAAUUGAAUAAGUAUGUAUAUAGUUAUGCUUUCUUCUUGUUGCACUGUGGUAGGAACAUCAGUUUUCAUGCCGUUCCAAGUUUUUGUAUAAUGUUGAAAGACUAAUUGGAUAUCUCAAGAAAAAUUUACAAGUA